UGGCUGCCAUUGAAAGAGUCCACUUCUCAGUGACUUCUAGUUGGGAACUGAAUGCAUUAAAGGAUAGCUUAACCAAUAUGAUUCUGCUUGCUGUGCUUUUUCUCUGCUUCAUUUCCUCAUAUUCAGCUUCUGUUAAAGGUCACACAACUGGUCUCUCAUUAAAUAAUGACCGACUAUACAAACUCACAUACUCCAGUGAAGUUUUUCUCGAUCGGGGCAAAGGAAACCUCCAAGACAGUGUGGGCUACCGAAUUUCAUCCAAUGUGGAUGUCGUCUUACUGUGGAGGAGUCCUGAUGGUGAUGAUAACCAGCUGAUCCAAAUUACAAUGAAAGAUGUAAAUGUUGAAAAUGUGAAUCAACAGAGAGGAGAGAAGAGCAUUUUCAAAGGAAAAAAGUCAUCUCAAAUCAUAAGAAAGGAAAACUUGGAAGCAAUGCAAAGACCUGUGCUCCUUCAUCUAGUUCACGGAAAGAUCAAAGAGUUCUACUCAUAUCAAAAUGAACCAGCAGCUAUAGAAAAUCUCAAGAGAGGCCUGGCUAGCCUAUUUCAGAUGCAGUUAAGCUCUGGAACUACCAAUGAGGCAGACAUCUCUGGAGAUUGUAAAGUGACCUACCAGGCUCACCAAGACAAAGUGACCAAAAUUAAGGCUUUGGAUUCAUGCAAAAUAGAGAGGGCUGGAUUUACGACCCCACAUCAGGUCUUGGGUGUCACUUCGAAAGCCACAUCUGUCACUACCUAUAAGAUAGAAGACAGCUUUGUUGUAGCUGUGCUCUCAGAAGAGAUACAUGCUUUGAGGCUGAAUUUUCUACAAUCAAUAGCAGGCAAAAUAGUAUCAAGGCAGAAACUAGAGCUGAAAACCACGGAAGCAAGCCCGGGACUGAAGCCGGGAAAGCAGGUUGCAGCCAUCAUUAAAGCAGUUGAUUCGAAGUACACGGCCAUUCCCAUUGUGGGCCAGGUCUUCCAGAGCAAGUGCAAAGGAUGCCCUUCUCUCUCAGAGCAUUGGCAGUCCAUCAGAAAACACCUGCAGCCUGACAACCUCUCCAAGGCUGAGGCUGUCAGAAGCUUCCUGGCCUUCAUCAAGCACCUCAGGAUGGCAAAGAAAGAAGAGAUCCUCCAAAUUCUAAAGGCAGAAAACAAGGAAGUACUACCCCAGCUGGUGGAUGCUGUCACCUCUGCUCAGACACCAGACUCAUUAGAUGCCAUUUUGGACUUUCUGGAUUUCAAAAGUGCUGAGAGCGUUAUCCUCCAGGAAAGGUUUCUCUAUGCUUGUGCAUUUGCCUCACAUCCCGAUGAAGAACUCCUGAGAGCCCUCAUUAGUAAGUUCAAAGGUUCUUUUGGAAGCAAUGACAUCAGAGAAUCUGUUAUGAUCAUCAUCGGGGCCCUUGUCAGGAAGCUGUGUCAGAAUGAAGGCUGCAAACUGAAAGGAGUGGUAGAAGCCAAGAAGUUAAUCUUGGCAGGACUUGAAAAAGCAGGGAAAAAAGAGGACAUCAUGAUGUACCUGCUGGCUCUGAAAAAUGCCCGGCUUCCAGAAGGCAUCCCGCUCCUUCUAAAGUACACAGAGACAGGAGAAGGGCCCAUCAGCCACCUUGCCGCCACCGCACUCCAGAGAUACGAUGUCCCUUUCAUAACUGAUGAGGUAAAGAAGACUAUGAACAGGAUAUACCACCAGAAUCGUAAAAUACAUGAAAAAACUGUGCGUACUACUGCAGCUGCCAUCAUUUUAAAAAACAAUCCAUCCUACAUGGAAGUAAAAAACAUCCUGCUCUCUAUUGGGGAACUUCCCAAAGAAAUGAAUAAAUACAUGCUCUCCAUUGUCCAAGACAUCCUACGUUUUGAAAUGCCUGCAAGCAAAAUGGUCCGUCAAGUUCUGAAGGAAAUGGUUGCUCAUAAUUAUGAUCGUUUCUCCAAGAGUGGGUCCUCCUCUGCAUAUACUGGCUAUGUAGAACGGACUUCCCAUUCGGCAUCUACUUACAGCCUUGACAUUCUUUACUCUGGUUCUGGCAUUCUAAGGAGAAGUAACCUGAACAUCUUUCAGUAUAUUGAGAAAAUGCCUCUUCAUGGUAUCCAGGUGGUCAUUGAAGCCCAAGGACUGGAGGCAUUAAUUGCAGCCACUCCUGAUGAGGGGGAAGAGAACCUUGACUCCUAUGCUGGCUUGUCAGCUCUCCUCUUUGAUGUUCAGCUCAGACCUGUCACUUUUUUCAACGGAUACAGUGAUUUGAUGUCCAAAAUGCUGUCAGCCUCUAGUGACCCUAUGAGUGUGGUGAAAGGACUUCUUCUGCUAAUAGAUCAUUCCCAGGAGCUUCAGCUGCAAUCUGGACUUAAGGCCAAUAUGGAUGUUCAGGGUGGUCUAGCUAUUGAUAUUACAGGUGCCAUGGAGUUUAGUCUGUGGUAUCGUGAAUCUAAAACCCGAGUGAAAAACCGGGUAAGUGUGUUAAUAACUGGAGACAUCACGGUGGACUCCUCUUUUGUGAAAGCUGGCUUGGAAAUUGGUGCAGAAACAGAAGCAGGCUUGGAGUUUAUCUCCACGGUACAGUUUUCUCAGUACCCAUUUUUAGUUUGUCUGCAGAUGGACAAGGAAGAUGUUCCAUACAGGCAAUUUGAGACAAAAUAUGAAAGGCUGUCCACAGGCAGAGGUUAUGUUUCUCGGAAGAGAAAAGAAAGCCUAAUAGGAGGAUGUGAAUUCCCGCUGCACCAAGAGAACUCUGACAUGUGCAAGGUGGUGUUUGCUCCUCAACCAGAGAGUAGUUCCAGUGGUUGGUUUUAAAACUGAUGGGGGCUGUUUCACUAGACGCCAUCUCGCCGGAAGGGAUACGAUGUGACAUGCCUAAGUAUUGCUCUCAGAGCACAGUGUUUACAUAUUUACCUGUAUUUAAGAGUUUUGUAAAACGUGAUGAAAAACCUCACAUAAUUAAGUUUGGGCCUGAAUCAUUCGAUACUACCUACGGUGUCAUUCUGAGCCAAUCUAUGUGAUACUUUUAGUAGCAUUCUGAGUUUCCCUGCAUCUCUCUCAAAUUACAUUUACUAUUGUGAAGCUAGUUCUGCCCUAAAAAGAAACUAUUUAAAAAAAAAAAGACAUACACACACUCGGGGGAGCACAAUUUUGUUUCAAAAAUGUUCAAUCAGUGUAUGAAGUCCUUGGUAAAAUCUUACAUGGCUUGUCUCUACCAAACAUGCCCAAUCAGGAAAGUAGAGCUUUUUGUUGCUGUUGUUAGGGGGCAUGAGGGAAAAGGGACAUGACUUUUAAAGGCUUCUGUCAACCAUGUUCAAGAGUUAAUAUUUAUCUCUUCUAUUGUUAGUUUUAUUGAGCAUUGAGGUAGGAGGCACACAGAAUUGGCACGUAUCAUCUCACCUCUCUGCGGGCCACAUAGAUUGCUAGAAGAAAGCCUGUCAGUCCUCUGCCUUCUGCCUUACAAAAAUGUCAGACUGAGCUUGCCAGAAUUAGAAAUAUUAACUUCAGGAACUCCAUUUGACGUUUUUUGUGCUGCGUCUCUUUGAGACUUCAGUAUGGUCCACUGUCCUUUAUAAGGAAGAUCCUCAAGUGUUCGUCAUUUUUUUAUCUUUCGAUCAAUUGUUUUGUGGUGGGAGUUCCAAUCUGUUGGACUACCAUCUACAAAAGCUGGGAGAACUUUAUAAUACUUUAAGAAACCGAUGGAUUUGGAUUCUAAAAUAUGAAAUCAAGAAAAGAAUGUCUCUAUCUGUACAAAUUAAAAGAAACAUUAAAAGAGACAUCUCUUAUGCCUCCUGUAUUGGCAGGUGGGUUCUUUACUACCAGCAAUCAGUACUUUACUCUUUUUACUGUUGAAUAAUAUCCCAUUAUAUAAAUAUGCCAUUUAUCAGUUGAUGGACAUUUGGAUAGUUUUCACCUUUUCAUAUGUUAACCAUUUUCAAGUAUUUAUUAAUAAAACAGAUGCAUGUAUUAGUGACAGGCUCCAAACAGAUAACAGGUGCUUACUUGUACAUGAAACACACACACACAAAAUGGAAGUUUAAGCAGCCCACCAUUAGUUGUAAAUUUAAGAUGAAAUGUGAUGAAAUAAAUAUGUGGAAUUCCUACU